CGUCAGUGCCAUCAAAACUUAAAAGGAAAAAACAAACGUCAGCCUAGCAGAACAGCAAAACGCCGCUGACAAUAGCCGGGAUACAACUGCCUUAAUAACUGUGAUGACAAAAGUUGCUAAAGUAGUCAAUAAUGGAACUUUUCCGUGUCUGAAAACAAUAAUUCUAUAAAAUAUGGCGUCGACGAGUGCAUUGGUGGAAAUUUUUAUGAGGAACUGGCAAGAGGGGAACAAUGAAGAGUUGGCCUUACUAUUCAAGGAGGGUCCGAAACACAUCCAAAAUUUGUCCAAUGCAGAAAUAGAUCUCAUGCUGGAGGACCUCCUCCACGAGGAAGCCCUUCCGAAGUAUCUCCACGACUCCCUAGAUCAAAUGCGUAUCUCGAGAGAUACUGAGGCUGCAGUACGUCAAGGCUUCUAUCUUCUGAAGUACCUCCUCGAAACAUUCUCGAGCGUAUACCAUCCAUACCUACAUACAACCUUCACGGUAUGCGAAUUCUGCAUAAGAAUCAAGAUCUCCUGGUGGACAAGACGAUCAGCUUGUGAAGCCCUGAUUUCCCUGAUCAGAGCUUUCCCCAAGUACAAGAAAGGCUUCAACGAGUUCGCAUCCUUCUUCAUAAAAAGCCACUACGUUCACAAGAGUAACGAUUUUCUAUUGAUCCUGCGUGUGCUGUGCACGAUCGCCCGUUACCAUCCAGACUUGCCAGAAAUCUCGUCAAAUGGUCAAAAGUAUCAUGCGAGGAUCCUGCAGUACCUGCAGGACCCCGUCGACUCAAAAACCUGGAUGAUAUGCCUGGACUCCUUAACAAAUGUUCUUCACAACUUGCCCUUUCAGACACCAAACCAGCUAGAAUUCUGCUACAAUGAACUGAAUAAGUUCAUCUCCUUGACAGCUCAUGCUGAUGAUCGAAUCCCGCCCACGUUGGUCUUCCUGAGGGAGCACCUCCCAAAAUUCGAGUCCUUUAUUGUGGACACCUAUCCCAGGUGGUAUAACUUCAUGACGAACGCAAUCAGUAACAAUGAUCUGGCUCCCCUGGCGAUGGACAGCCUAAAGGUGUACUACGAAAUCCUAGCACAGGCGCUGCUACGCGAGGUCCCCGACAAUGCUCCAAGAAUCCUCACAGAACUCCGGGCAACGGUGAGAGAAAGCUUGACAGUAGAGAAACAACAUCCUCUGAAACUGAGAAUGUCCAUCAUGGGGUACAGCCACAUGGCCGAGCCCCUGAGGAUUCUGAUGAAUGACGAAUUUGGGGAGAUAUUCUCCCUCAUCUCCAGGAGGAUUCUCCCCAUGUAUUUUUCCGAAGACGACGAUAGUCACUUGAACGACAUCGCUGAUUAUCAAGAGGCCCUAGCCAGGAUGCUCCUGCAAGUUCCUGAUGUCACAGGUGAUCAAAUCAGGUGUCUCACGAAGAUGUGUGUCCUGAUGAUCAAGAGAUAUCCAGAAUUGAAGCCAACAGGUCAGAGGCUGGCCGAAGGAUCAUUGAAGAAGACGAUUGAUCACAUGAAUCGCCUGAAGCCGCACAUCUUCGAGGAUUUUCUCAGCAACGUCAUCUACGAGGGAGUCGUGUGGAGCUGCUCCCACUGCCUCGUGAUCGAUGCUGAACUUAAACAGGAUUUGGAGAAUCUUAAGAAACGGCCCGUCACCUGCAAGGAAUAUCUACCCCUGUGGCAGGCCCUCUUGACCCCUGAGGACUACAGGAUGAAUAGUCAGGAGAAGGUGUCCAGUGAAAUGCUGACGAUUUGCAUGAACCUAACAUCUAAAUUAGAUAUCAGGAUCAGAUCCAAAGAGAACAAUGUCUCUUCGAACAUCGCACUUUCUCAGGUGCCUGAAAACGAGGAUGACUUCCGAAUAUUUUUGAAUCUAGUGGAUCUCUACGAGGACCUCCUCCCAGAAAUAAUUGGCUCAUCGGGAGACUUGCAGAAGCUCAUUGAAACUCUUGUCACAACGUCGAGUAAGCAUCCCUUUCUUUCCGGGUUCUACAGACUAGUGAGGAGAACUCUGAGUGUCACACACUCGCUUUACCUCCCCCACCCUCAUCUGAUUCUGGACUACCUCAGGAAAACGUUGAAGCUGGUCUUCGAGUUCCCCCACGAGCUCCAGGUCUCCUGCAUUCAAUUACUGCUACAUCCCCCGCAGACCCUCAUUAAGGAGAUGCUUCCCGAGAUGGCUCCAGUUUUCACUCUGGCUUUUCGAAUAGGUCUGAAUAACUACGAAUUAGCUGACAGUGCUCUCGAAGAUCUGGAGAGAUUCGUCACUUCUGGGGACGAAGAACCAGUCAGGGCUCUUCUUCUCGAGGUUCUCCCUUCCCUCGAGGUCUGUCUCCGCAGCAAAGAGAGCCUCGAGAUUCACAAAACCCUAGAAUCGCCGGGAAAACUAGCUCCCAGGACCGACAAUGCCCUGGACCACCUCCAAAACAAGAUCCUCCUCUUCUUUGGUAGAAUCAGUAACUCUGUCAUGCUGGAGUUCCUUUACAAGCAGUCUCAGAGCACCGGAGGCACCUGGGAUAAAAAGAACCUUCUGGAGUACACCAUGACCUUCCCAGAUGAUAACCUCCCCAUCCACUUGGAUACAAUUCUCCCGAGGAUUAUCGAGUUGUCCUUGUGCUGCAGUGACCACAGGACGAGAAUCUCCGCCUGUGAGACCCUCUACUCCAUCGUUAUCAUCGUCGUGGGAAUGACUGUCAAGUACAUUGCCAACACCCCUGAGCGCUACGCCCUCUCCUACAAGACCCUCUGCCCAGUACUUCUGCGGCUCGGCUGCGAUCCUGACGUUGUUGUCAGGCAAAUCUUCGAUCCUCUGAUGUUUCAAAUCACUCGCUGGCUGAGCUCUAAACUCCUCCGCGAUUCGUCUGCCGUUGGUCAUCUUGUCGAAUGCUUAUUCGACGGUCUCUGCGAUGAGUCUGACUCCUCCAUCAGUGAUUUCUCUGGCAUGUGCUUGGCUGAGUUCUCUAAGUGGUCGAUAAAGCAGGCUACUGACAGCGAUUCAAGAAAAAUACCUGUCAAUAUUCAUAAUCUGGUGGAGAAUAUCAAGAACUUUGCUCUUCAUCCCUGGAAAAAGCGGAGAGUUGCUGCUGCUGUUGCCUUCAAUCAUGUCUACAUGUUCCUCAGGGAGAGCGUGGAGAUCGUUGAUGUUUUCUGGCUGGAGUUCCUGCAUUGCUUCGUCGAGGCCAUGGAAAACUGCUCAGAUGCCAGGAUCAGGGAUGCCCUGGAUCACGUCGUGAGGGUACUCUCACAGAAAGAGGAGAUGUUUCGUGAGUGCCCGAGUGAGAGAAGAAUACCUCCGGGUUUUCAGGAUGGAACAGUCAAGGGCUGCGUCGAGUUCUUGUUGAAUCACUGCAUUAGUCUGGACGAGGACACCAGAACGAAAUGCAUGGAUGUCUAUGAACGACUGACUGAUAAAGUAAAAAAUGAUGAACAAUACAUGAAAAUCCAGACUUUAGGGGUGAUGAAGUUGGAGGCAUCAGGAGUAGGAGCAGGGGAAGGUUUGAAGAGGCUCGCAGCUGCUCUGGACUUCUCCAUGUGGCUUCUUCGACGUGAAUUCAUUGACCCACAGCUACUCUUGGAUUCCCACCUCCAGAGCAGCUCGAUCUUCUCGGCCAUUCAGAUGUUCAUGGCUGGGGUCGGUAGAGACGAUGAUGAGGCUGCUGUUGUCCUCAAACUCAUGGACUUCAUGGUCACAGUCCUGGAGACACAAUUGGUGAAUGAAGAGCACAUUUAUGGUGCCCUCUUCAACGAGGAGUUCUGUAGUUGGAUGGCAGAAUGUGUCAGGCAACCAGAAGUUCUCGGGUUCAAUGUUAAGAACUUUGAAAUGACGAAGCUACUGCCGAUGAAGAUUGAGAACCUAAUGGAGACGUUGAUUAAGCACGUGUCGAGGGAAAGGUUUCAGCCUGUUCUCAAGGCCCUCAGCUCUCGGUUCGAUGAUCUCCCAGGGGUGAUGAACAUCGUGAACUUGGAGUCUCCUCGAGUCCCCUCUCUGCAGGACAAAUUGAAGAAUUUGAUUUUCAUGAAACGCUGCAAUUUGUUAGAAUUAUUGCAGAUGAAUGAGAGAGUUAGCAAAAAUAAGUUUGAGAUAAUAUCCUUCCUCUUUGAGGUGGUGAAGACUAUCGAGGGGAGCAAGUGCUGGUGCGCAGAUCUGGCACCAGACAAGAAACUCCACUUCGAGGGCUUUUUGGAGCUGUCGCUGGAUGACGAGGGCUUUGAUUGGCUGGUAAAGUCGAAGACUGGGCAGAUCGAUGAGCUAUUGGAAUGCGAUGAAAAGUCCCAAAUAACUCAUGGCGAGCACUUCAUCGUCACAUUUAAGGACGUCUUCAUGCGUUAUCUGAUGAAAGACAUCAAGACUUCUGUGAAGGUGAUGGGGAAUUUAUCGAGACAGUCACCUGAUUUCAUUCUGUUUAUCAUGAACGAGACAGCGAUAUGGCUUCAGAAGCACCGAACUGAUCAUCGGAAAGUCGCUGAAGAAUUCUCGGAAGAAGCUAUUUCGACGUUCGAGGAUUUCCGGAAAAUCCAGAACAAUUUUGAAAAGCGAAAACAGUUGCUGAUGAACAUUUACAGAACUGCUGUUCGAUUGAGACAACGCAUCGAUAUCAAGGUAGAGAACAAGGAAAUGUACUUUUGGAUAAUUGAAGAAUUCCAUAGAAGUUCUUCAAUUCCAGAGAAGACGCGAAUACUGAAUGACUUUCUGAUCUGCCUCCUGGACGAAUCCAACGACAAUGCAGAACUCAAGGUUAUGUUCAAGUCAUUCGACGUUCUGAAUGCCUCCAAGGAUGAUUAUGGCUUCUUGCAGCCGAGUUUGGCUACCACAGAAGUCCUGGACUACUUCCACACUCUGAUAACAGCCCUUACCAUCACCAAGUCUCUGGUAAUCCUGGAAGCAGCGACGAGUUGUGCCAUGAAACUCGGGAGAUACACCUCAAAUAAAUCCAUCACCGAUCACUUGGAAGCUUAUUUUUCCUCAAUACCACCAGCAAAAGCCCUUGAUUCGCUCCAAAAGAUGUACGAGGUGUUCCUGGAUCCCUCGUUUCCAGACAAAAAACCAGACGCCGUGAGGUAUUUCUUGCUGCCAGUGUUCAAGUACUGUGAUGAAGGAAUCAUUCACGACUUUUUCGUGAGGAACAUUAAGGAAAUGGUGAAAAGCAUCAUAGGAGAACUACCGAAGACCCUGGAAGAUCGACAGUUAGUGCUAACAACGAGAAUUCAGACUUUCAGUCUUUUUGAGAUUAUGUUCUCCAGAUUGAGUCUCGAUUCGAUAAAUAGUUCACUGUCAAGCCAAAUCUCCGAAGUGACACAAUCAAAUGAUGGAGUGCUUCUCCAGCUCUUUAAGAAGACCCUCGACGUCAGGAAAAUGCCAGUGAAUCCUGAAGAAAAGUUUCUCAUGAGACUGCUACACUGUGCUGCUUUCAACUGCGGUAUCACCAUGGUGAGUGUGUCCAAAGAGGACAGGUACCUCCUCGGGCUAUUCGGUGAGAACCCAAAGAAGGAUCAGCUCCUCUGGGAGAGGAUAAUCGACCUCUCGAGGAACUAUCCACUGAGUCAGACGUUUAAAGAGUUUCCGAAGCAGCGAGAUGUCUUGGUCAGCAUCAGGAAAAAAUUGGAGGCGAGGAACGAUUCAUGGAAGUUCUCAUCUCUGAAGAGCUAUAAUCUGGCGUCUUCAACACUGACGGAGGACCUUGGUGCUUACGACAUGCAUGGGGUGAUUCCACUAAUGACUCGUCGAGAACCGACGUCAAUGGUGAUAACACUCGAGUCUGAUGAUCUGAAUGAUCAUGAGUGUAUGGCUGCUAUUGUCGGAUUGAUACAGCACACCAGUGCGGCGCAUCCAGGUGGCAUAGACAAGCCCCCGCUGUGGCUGAUGCCUUUUGUAGGAGCCCUAACCAUAGCCCACAAGAAUGUCCAACUCUUUUUGCUAAAAGUCAUCCUAAAUACUCAAGAAGUCUUCAAACCAUUCGCUCGACUUAUGAUAAAAAAGAUCGCAGUGGUAAUUUCUUCGAUCCUCAGCACCUCUCCCUUCAGCUACAUUGUCGCUGACGUUCUCCUGAUGCUGGUGGACUGGUCUGAUCCGUCUAAUGAGGAGUCGAAAGAAGCAGUCAACUCUAUGUUCGACAUCCUGGUGGAGAAAGUGGACGUCAAUUCGCCGUCACAAGCUAUCAUCAAAUACAACUACACCAUAAUCGACAUGCUGGUGAAGGCUUGGCACCAGGUACUGGAACCUCCCAAAAGUCUUCAGGAGAAGAUGACAGUCAUGCCCGAGGGAGCUAUCCGACUCGUCCUCUCGUUGCUUCAGAAUGACCUGGGGCCGAAGCUAGUGAAUGACCAUCGAGUUUUCCAGUUUUUGAUAAACAUGUUCAAGGACUGGAAGAGGAAGGAGGAGGUGCUGGUGCAGACGUCUGCUGCAAUUGGACUGUUCCUAAAGUUCUCAGCACCUCAGGACCCUGACGGUAAGCUACGAGAUACGGGAGUUGUGAAAAUUCGCGAGGUGUUCAGGGACAUACAGGAGCCCAACAGACUCAUUAAGUCAGUCCACGCCAUGUGCACAGCCUUUCCAGGGCUUCUGUACGAAUUCUAUCAAUUCGUCACUCACAAUCAUUUGAAGGUAUCGUCUACCACGAAGGUCAAGAGCAUGGAGCUCUUCCUACUGAGACUUCCCCAUUUGUCUGAACAGGAUAUAUACCAGGAGAUCACCUACAUUAAGUUCCAGGAGCUCUUGGAGAAUAAAGUCUUGGCUUGCGAGAAGAUAUGUUUGGAGAUCAUCUUAAUUCUUACCCAGAAACUGAGCAGCAAGACUCUGCUUCCCUUGGCCCAUAUCGCUGCCAAGUAUUCCAGUCACGACAACCCGGAGUACAGAGCUCUUACCUACGACAUUUUCAUGAACAUCUCCCGACGUUACAUGUAUGAACUCUCCGAGGACGAGUCAGCGACUCUGGCCGAUUUGAGCCAGAAAAUUCUUCUUCUUGGGCUUCUGGAUCCCUGGGAGUCCCUCCAAGAGAAGUGCAUGACCUUCUGGACUAAAGAUAUGAAAUUAAGACACAAAUCUUUCGAAAGAAUACUCGACAUCCUGGACAAAUAUUCGUCAGAAGUCGCCCAGGACUUCCUUCCAAUCUUCGGUAUAUUACUUCUCAAUUUAUCGAAAGAAUCGUCAGUUUACAAAUCAGAUCUGUUCCUGCCACUGAGCGGCACCUACGAGGACUAUAAAAUCACUACCUCCUGGAAAAUGAGGAACCUGAGUUACCGAGUUCCUCUCUUCCUCACCUCGUACGCCAGUGAGUGCAGCCAACGGUUUACCUCAUCAUCCUUACCAUCAGACGAUGUCUCCACGAAUGAUGACCUGAUGGUCAGAGCAACGAAUUCCCUGGAGUUCGAGCCGACGAUGGCUGGGACAUUCCUAGCGGAGAGAAACCCCGCAAAUACUACCACUGACGACGUCUUCGCGGUGCCAGCAGUCCCCACGCGGUUUUCCAGAAGAUUUGUAGACAGUAAAUCCUCACCUUCUAGCAGCUAUGAGACUCUCCAAACAGGUCAAGACCUGCAACAUCAGGCGAUCAGAGGAAAGAACACCAUAAAGCUCACAAGACGCUACAGGCUCGGUGAACUCCCGGAUAUCCAGAUCACCCACGAGGCAGUUAUCAAUCCCCUCCAGGAGCUCAUCAAGAAGGAUCCUCUGAUUUGCAAGAAUCUGAUGAUCACGAUCAUCAGUUCUAUGUUGGAAAAAUUUCAGGAUCAUCGAGUGAUUGAGAUGCGGAAGUUCUACGACGAGAUGGCAGAAAAAAUCUCCAAAAAGUUCGAGACUAUCUUCAAGGACCACCGAGGAGGUGGACUGAUGAUCUCUGUAGCUCUGGAGGUCCUUCUGAAGCAUCCGGAUUUGAAUUUCACACCGGAAACAGUUUUCCAAGCCGCUAAGGCCAAUGGACUGGAAGUCCUGGGAAGCCUGCUGAUCGAGAAGAAGUUGAUGGCAAAUUUUGAGGGCCGACAGACCUCCUCAAAAAGGAUUAGAGGCCCUGAUGAUGUUGAAAACACUGUCGAGGACUGGGUGAACCUGGGAGAGCUCUACGAGUCCAUAAGCGACAUUGAUGUCUUUCUAAGUGUCUUCAAGAACCAUGUACCAGGGGAAGAGCUUAACUCUGCGUCAUCAGCUCGCAGCAGGAGUUCCUGGGAAGAAGCCAGAACUCAUUAUGACAGAGCUGUCGAAAAGGAGAAGGGAGCAAUUCGUCGUCACUGCAAGCGAGGACUCUUCGAGUGUCUGGCACGUCUCUCAGAAUGGGACCUGAUCUGCAAAAACAUUCUCAAGGUUCUCGGUGAAGAGAGGAGUCUCAUGCAAAUUCUGGAAACAACACAGUCCUCUAGAAGCUCCUGGAUGAUUCCCUGGUACUUCAAAUCCAAAAUGUACCAGAUUUUUAUGGAUUGUGCCCGUGCAAAAACGUUUUUUACGGAUCUACAAGAACUCAUAAAGACACAGGAAGGUAAGAAUCUGGUGGAGGACAAUUUCACCGAGGAAUUGGCGAUAAUCCUUUCUUCCGCAGCGAAUGAACACGCCAGGGCAUUAGUCCUACGUGCCCUGAGAAAUACCAAGGAUCGAUGGAGUCAGCUGAGUCCUCUGUCUAUUCAAUUGCGACUGCAGGAGGUGAUUAGGUUACGUGGACUCUGUGACACCAAGUUCUUCAGAGACGCCCUGGCUGAUUUGCGAAGAGGAAGGUCAGAUGGUGUUGAAGGUCUGGUAGAUUACUGGGAGAGAAGUUUCCCUGUUCCUAAGGACGAUCUCCUUCCCUGGGAUAUUCAUCUGGCUCAGAGAACACACAUGGCAAAUACCUUGAUAAUGACACUUCCUACGACUCUCUACGACUCUGAGGCCCUAUCUUCCAGGCUGUCGACACUGGAGUUGUGCCAGAAGAUGGCUCUCAUAAAAUUGGCUUAUCACAACAAAAAUCCCAUUCUCAUGGCCAAGUACAUGGUGGAAGUGAAAGAUUUCAUUCCCCACCAGACGCUAGAUAUACAGACACAAUUCGAAUUCAACAAGAUCCAGAUAAAGUUCCUGAGAGGACAAUUAGGCACUGACGAAGUUAAAGUGAAGAAUCUUUACAGCUGCAAGCAAAAUUCGGACAAGUUCCUGAUAACUGAGAGUAUCGGUCUCGACACAGCCAUCGAAAAUUUACAGUUGAUGUCUGACUGGUCUCUGGAGAUGUUGGCUCUGAAAGAUUCAGAUGUGGAGGUUUUUAACAGAAUCGUGUCCAAGCUGAUUGAAUCCUCAGCAUAUCUUCCUGCGAAUCUUCAGCUGGAGGACUAUGCUUUAGAUCAGCUCAAGAAAACUUUAGGAACCGUCACAACAGAUCCGACCCCCAAACGUCAGCAGGGCUGUCAUUUGAAGAUUCUGAAAUACUGUCACAACAGGAUUAUCGAGGGAAGCGAAGACGAAGAGAUCGUUAAAUUGCUCAUUGAAUCAACCUUAAAGGCCAUUAGCUACGGCUCCAACGAGGCAAUGAACUAUUUCCCUUAUGUCCUGAAAGAGGAAUGGCUCAGGGAUAAAGACACCGAGGGCUCCUUUGUACUUUUGACGGAGGAAAUCCCCAGUUGGAAAUUCCUCAAGUGGAUGCCCCAGCUCUUUAUACACCUGUCAUCACCCCUUCGCGGUAGUGUUGCUCCUAUCAUCGAGAGACUGGCUGACGACUACCCCCAUGCUCUAUUCUAUUGUGUCCAGUCCACUCUGGAUAGUAAUCCAGAGCUCCAGGAGGAUCCAACGAUGCAGAAGUUGUUGGAUAAAUUCAAAGACCGGAAUGACAUGAGGGACUUUGUGGAGGCGCUGGAGUACCUCGUGAGGCCAGAGCUGCUUCUGAAGUACCAUCUCGACGAUCUAGUGAACAAUCUGCGCCUGGGGAGACACACGGUGGUCGAUAGACUUCUGAAGAAGGUUUAUCAUCCGAAAAAUCCAUCCAUGCGAGGAGACAUCUACAAACUCAUUUCGUCCUUUGAACACGAUGUGAUCAAAAUCAAGGAAAUGCCUCAGGAGGAGAUUCAGGGGUUCGUGGAGGCCUUGAAGGGGCGACUGGAUUAUUCCAUAAAGAAGCAGAAGGACAGCAAUAACUUGAGAGACUACAGCCCUUACCUCAGUCAGCUGAAUGGUUCAGGUCUCGAGGUGCCGGGAUUGUACUCUGGGGAGAGCUGUCCAGACCCCAGGUAUCACCCCAGAAUCAUCAAGAUCGAGGGGAAAGUACAGGUGAUGAAAUCCGUGAGGAAACCCAUAAGAAUAACCAUCAUUGGAGACGAUAACAAGUCCUACAAUUUCCUGGUGAAAUUCGGAGAAGAUCUGAGACUUGAUCAACGUCUCCAGCAGGUCUUCAGCGUGAUGAACGAGGUUCUGAAGACAGACAUCGUCUGCUCCCAGAGAAAUCUCUCCAUCAAAACCUUCAAAGUGAUACCCUUCUCAUCUAGACUGGGGCUCAUUGAGUGGAUCGGAAAUGCCAAAACCCUCCAGGAGUUCAUCGAGUUCACGUGGAACGACACUCAGAAGAGGAAUUUACUGGAGGUGGACAGUGAGUACGAAGCUUGGAUCAGUGAGUGUAGCACUGGAGAGGUUAGGAGGUCGGUGAGAUACAGGGAGGCUGUUCUCAAACGAUCAGCUGAGGAGACUAUUCAAAAAAUGAAGUCUUUGAUUGCUAUGACCGACUCUCACGCUCUCAGGAGGACUUUUGAGGUGAUCAGCCCGUCUGCAGAGAGCUUUGUGUCUUUUAGAAGGAACUUUAUAACUUCAUACUCGGUGAUGUCUGUGGCACAGUGGAUCCUGGGGAUUGGAGAUAGACAUCUGGAGAACACUAUGAUCGGGGUACAGUCUGGCGAGUGCAUUGGUAUCGAUUUCAAUAUGGCCUUCGGUGGAGGCAUUGAUCAGGUAAUUCCUGAAUUGAUGCCCUUCCGGCUGACAAAACAACUACUGCGACUCGUGGAGCCCUUCAACGAAGGGGAUCUCAUUUCAGUGACGAUGGGUCACGUUCUGAGGGCCAUGAGAAACCACAGGGGUUUAAUUUCAGGAGUUCUUGGAGCUAUUGUACAUGAGCAAUUGAGUGGGAUGCAAUUCAAGAAGAAGUUUGAGUGUAUGAACCCGGAGGAGGCAGGAGCCAUCGACAGGGUUCCCAUGAAGAAAACAGAGAUGAUAAUGAGAAAGCUAAGGGGUGAUCAUCCAGCGGAGGUUAUGGUGGAGGAACUCAGAGAACAGCAUUUCGAGGGAGAGUGGUUUGGGAGGUACGAGGCCAUCGUGAAAGGGGUAGAUUCUGAGGAGCAGUCAGUGAGAUCGAACUUCCAGGAGAGGGGAUUGAGCCCUGAGGAACAAGUCCAAUGUCUGUUGGAACAGGCCACCGAUCUUAAUGUUCUGGGGAGGACUUAUGGAGGGUGGAGGCCAUAUUUGUGAGGAGGAAAAUACGUACCAAAGGAACAUGAGCAUGACUAUAAUAUUAUAAUAUCGGCGGAAAAAAUAUCCCCGAAAAAAUAUCCCUCCGAUUGGGAGGAUACCCCCAAUAAACCAAAAAUUAUUAUUUUAUAUUUUUUUAAACUGAAUAUGGUGAAUAAUUUAAUAAAAAUAAAUCUUUUUUCGGAAAUUUUCAUUUGAAAUCAAAAGAUAUCUGGAAUAAAUUGAAAAACAAAAAAUUAAGAUUUAUCUUGGGAAUAUUUUUUCAGGAGAUUUUAGCUGGGAUAUUUUUUUCGGGAUUUUUAUAUUCGUACCAUACUAACAUAUAGAAUUAAGAAAUUAAGAGAAUAUUUUUUAUGAUUCGAGUGGCCUGUCUUUGGAAGGUGAAUUUCAUUUUGUUUUUACAUAGACAUCGACCAAUAAUUGACUAACAAGCGAUUAUUCAAGGAUCGGCUGAUCGUCGACCGAGUGCGCUAGUGAUUUCCUACAUAGUACAUAGCUGGGUACAUAGCUGGGGGUGAAAUGGUCACCUAAUGGGAAAAAACAUUCCCCUCCCAGGAACAUGUAUUGAGAGGCAUCCUAAUGAUUCAGGAUAAUUACAGAAAAAUAAUAAGAAAUUUUUCUAGAGAUAGUAGAGCAAAAAAGUUGUGACAUUUCGGAUGUAAAUUCAAUUGUAGCUGUGCCACAAUUGUUGUAAGUGUAGACAAGGAAAUGAAAAACAAUGGAGAUCACCUUCAGAAGAUGGCCUACUCAGGCUUUAAUCGUGAAUUGUUAUUGCGUCACGAGCUCUCGGAGAACUUAAUUUUUACCAAUGAAUUAACAAUGUUGACGUUUAAAGAAGUAUUCAUAUAGUUUUUUAUUCAAGAAUUUUUCCACUACAGUUUUGUACUAAGAAUCGCAAAAAUUUUAAUUGCAAAUAAAUGAUUAUAUCUAUUUUGCA